AUGCAUUACAAAACUGUCAGAAGAAUUUCACUGUCAAAUGUAAUUGGUUACCGUAUUUUUUCCCAAAGUGUGGCAAUAAUAAAAUCAAACAAGGAUGCUAGGUACGGGUUGGACUCUAUUGUGACGCACGAUGUUGAAAAGCUUCCCUGCUUACCAUUAGCAGAUUUGUCGUCAUUCCAAGAACAGCUGGGUGCUGAAGAGUAUGCUAAGUUACAAGUGAUUGGUAUUGAUGAAGCUCAGUUUUUCGGAGAUUUGCAUAAUUUCUGCUGCAAAGCUUCUGAUCGUGAUGGCAAGACUGUAAUAGUUGCUGGCUUGGACGGUGAUUAUUUGAGUGGACAAGUGGUUAAGGAGGCUGAGAAAGCAGUCAUUGGGUCUAAGAGCAUGCAGAUUAGUUCAGUUUUGGAGAUGUUUUCUGAUUAUAGGUGA